UUGUCAGCUCCUUCGCAUUACAACGACGGGGUAGUAUUUUUUCAAUGGAAGAUGAAGAUGACGACAGCUAGUGGAGGCAGCAGAAUUUGAGAUGUUUAGGCAUUAAGAACAAGAAGAUAACGAUUACAAUAAUCGAAGCCUUCUAGGUAGCCAUGGACAUAAGGUUGAAAUAAUCUAAAGUCUAAGAAAACGCUGACCUUGGAGUAUAGCAUAUAUGGAUUAAAAAAAUGUCAAAGAGUCCCAUAAAAAAUUGCUUCCUUGUAGUCUAUAUAUAGUUACAUACCGCUUGCUCUAGCUUCCCACUCGAACCACAUAUUCCUUCUAAAAAUCUCAAUCGGUCUGUGACAUCUCUAUUCUUGCUUAGCACCAUGGCAUUGAAUAGGAACACCAACAGAUCAUUCUGUUUGUUUGUGAUAACCAUGUUCAUGUUUGGAAUUAGAAUGGGGCAAUCACAGUUGUCGUCAUAUUACUAUUCCAACACAUGUCCAAGAGCCUUAUCUACCAUUAGGAAUGCAGUGAUGAAUGCCGUGGCCAAGGAACAUCGAAUGGGGGGUUCUUUGCUCCGUCUUCAUUUCCAUGACUGUUUUGUUAAUGGAUGUGAUGGAUCUGUUCUACUCGAUGACACAUCGAGCUUUACCGGAGAGAAGACAGCGGCGCCAAAUAAAAACUCGUUGAGGGGUUUCGAGGUGAUUGAUGAUAUCAAAUCUCAAGUAGAGUCUAUUUGCCCUGGAGUUGUUUCUUGUGCUGAUAUCCUCGCUGUUGUAGCUCGUGAUUCUGUUGUUGCGUUGGGCGGGCCUUCUUGGACAGUAGGGUUGGGCAGAAAAGACUCGACCAAUGCAAGUUUUAGCGCUGCAAACACCCAACUCCCAUCCCCAAUUCUCAAUCUUACAGACCUUGUAACUUUCUUCUCAAACAAAGGUUUUACUACCAAAGAGUUGGUAGCUCUUUCAGGAUCUCAUACAACAGGAAAGGCCAGGUGCCUUAUGUUUAGACCAAGAAUCCACAAUGAGACUAACAUCGAUUCAGCAUUCGCAACAUCGCUGAAAUCAAGCUGCACUACAAGCACAACUGAUGAUGAAAACCUUGCUUCGCUAGAUGCCACUACCCCGGUUCUGUUCGAUAAUGGUUAUUUCAAGAACUUGGUCAAUAACAAGGGUCUAUUGCAUUCUGACCAGCAACUCUUCAGUGGUGGUUCUACUGAUUCUCAGGUUACAAAUUACGUCAACAAUCCUUCCACUUUCUUUCAGGAUUUCGCCAAUGCCAUGGUCAAAAUGGGAAACAUGAGCCCACUUACAGGGAGCAGUGGAGAAAUUCGUGGCAAUUGCAGGAAAAUAAAUUGAAGCCAAGAACUGGAGAGAAAGUUGUUUCGUUCUCAUAUUGUUAACUAUACUCGUACUAUGAUUUAGGCUUUUUCUUGUCAUUUGCUUCUGAUCUCUGUUGAU